GGUUUUGUAGCCCUUCUGAUGAGCAAUUCUGCGAGUGUGUUCAUACAUUGCAGGCAAUAUUGUCAAGAUAUAGCUGGGGUAGCCGCGAUAUGCCUGGGCUAUAGUUGCCAGUUAUAAAUAAAUAUUGCUGCAAAAAUAAUUGCUCGUUUGCUGUAAUUUAAUUCGUUGGUUGUAUUUGCAGGUCUAUAGUUACGAACCGCUCAAUAAUAGAACCAAGAAACUGACAAACGAUGACACAUUUUGUAGGAUGUUAUAUAGCUACAAACCGCUGAAUCUGAACAGAAACCCGCUACGCUUAGGAAUUUUCCUUAGAAAGCCACAUUUUUAUAAAGACGAAAAUGGAAUGUUUGUCGGCGAUGACAGAAAAGUAUUUGAGUUGUUUACAUAUUCCUUAAAUGCAUCUUUGGAAAUUAAAGUAUUCCCGAACACAAAUAAUUUUGUAGAUGAUAUCGCACAUGUCAUGAAGAGGGGAGAACUGGACAUCAUGGGAAAUAGACUCGCUCAGUUAUUCUACGUCAAGGAUGUGGAUUAUUCGUUCCCAAUAAGCAGAGACGACAAAUACUUCGUGGUGCCAAAACCUCAACUGGUACCAGCAGAAUUACACGUCAUAUUCAUGUUUACUCAAGCCAUUUGGGUAACUCUUUUAAGCACUCUCAUUGUUCUGACUAUAUUUGUGUCCAUCGUCUACAAAAAAAGCCCAAAUUAUUCAUUUUUGAUAGUUUGGGGAAUAUUAUUCUGUGUAUCUCAGACGAUUUUUCAAAUCAAGACUAGAGGGAGAUACGUUUUGAUCCUAUGGAUCUACGGAAGUUACAUUUUGAGCAGUAGCUUUCAGGGAAAUUUGAUGAAAUUUUUUCUCCACAAUAGAUACGGAAAGGGUAUAAAGACAUUGGAAGACCUGAAAGAAUCUGGACUGAAAAUCGGCAUAGUAGAAUACUAUAUACACACAUCAAACUUAACUAAAGACCUUUGCGUAAAAAAACAAUAUGUAGAGAUGAGCGAAAGUGAAAGAGUAGAAGGAAUCUUACGAGGACAAACUUCAUACGCUUAUUUCUUGGGAGAAUAUUUUGCGAAGCUUUUAAUUGAAGAGUGCAUGUUCAAAAACUGCGGAGGACGAUUGUUUGAGACGAUGCCUCAAGCUGUUUUUCCAUGUGCCACAGUAUAUCAUCUACAAAGACAAUCUAUUUUUACAGCAAAACUUGACAGGUUUAUAUUAAUUUUACAAUCAUCUGGGUUGAUGAAGCACAGAAAACAGUGGAAACACUAUGUUCCUGAGCAAGAAAAUGUACUGAGAAUGUUUCAUUUCAAGGCUGCAUUUAAGCUACUGUUACUUGGUUAUUUUUUAAGCAUCUCACUGCUUGUAUUAGAGUUGAUUAUAUGGAAAUAUGUCAAAUACAAGUCCAAAGCAAACAGAGCAUAGAGCAUUAUGCUCUGGGAAUGGGUGUGAUCGACGUUUAUAAAGUUGAAGAACGAAGAUGAGGGGAGGCGGCUGCACGCUCAAUUACUUCAGGCUGUUGGCCACGAUUUUGUAUACCGUUUUUCUAUGGUUGCUGAUUAUAAUAUUGUGAUUAUCUGUAG